AAGAAAUGAUGAAGAUUCUGAGUUUGAUCUGCGUCUGUAGUGGUUUUUGUACUUUGGUUUGAACGCUGUCAUGUUUGAGGAUUGUUUUGAUAGUCGGUCGAAGCUUCUGGUCCGGUCGCUGCUGUCCGGAGUCUCCGGAGCUCACCGAGCUCUGACCGUCUACCAGAAACAGCGACGAACCGACCGUGAAGCUUCUCUGCUGGGCUUCAUAGAAACUCUGUGCCGAGACCAAGUCAGCAGCUCGGAGAGCGACACCAAGCUAACGGUAAAACCAUUGGUGUGCCUCUUUCCAGCAUUAUUCAAACAAAACCUGUUGUCCUUCAUCCAUUUGGUCCACUCAGUUCUUCCUCGGGCUACUGUCAUCCAUCUCCUGGAAUGCCUCCAUCUCGAGCCUCAACAAAAUUCCUGGGUCACAGCGCUGAUUAAACAGUUGGAAAGAAACCUGGGGAUCAACAGCAAUGAGCCUCUGUGUUCUCCACAGUGCAGCCAGAGACUCACAGAGCUGCUGCAGCGUCUGCGAGGUGCGGGUGAGACGAGCGGCUGGGCAGAAUUGUUCAAUGGCCAAACUGAAACAUGUCAAAGGGUGUCCGUUGCAUCAGAUGGUAGAACACAAAUGAAAAGGAAGGGCAGCUUUGUUUCAGUGGAUUCGGAAGGUGAUGAAAUGGAACAGCAAAGCAAACGGAUGAAGAUGGGUUUCUUUAAUAGUGAGGAUCAUGAUGCUGAAGAAAAGGAACUGAACGCGAGUGAGGAGGAGACAUCACAUAGACUAGAAGCAUUUCCACACAACGGUCCUGCUGAAGAAUUACAACCAGCACCAAAGAGUCUGUGUGAUGUUCUGCCUGAACAUGUGAAGGUCUCUGGUCUUCAAAUAAAAGAAUUACUGGAAAGUCAGGCAGAAUGGGACCAGAGCGCCACAGAAUUGUUCAGAGUGCUGAAUGAUUGUGAUGCCACCCAAGUGGAGGUACUAUGUAGCAUGCUGGGUUUGCCUGAUUUACCAGAACACAUGCUACCUAAGCUGUGUAACAGUGUUUUGGCUCUUUCACCUGACCUCAGCUACAGUACAGCAGCAAAGCUCUUUAAGAGCCUCCUGCAGAAAAAAAUCGUAUCCCUGUCAGAGCCAGCGUCCCGAUGCCUCCUCACCUCAGUGACCUCACUUUGUAGCCGCUAUCCAAGGCCAAUAUGCCAUGCUGUGAUUGAACCUGUUUUAGAUGAACACAACAUAGGAAGUCCGCAGGCUGAGCUUCUGAAUAGAUUGAUUGAAGACUGCCUGGGCCAUCAUUACAGACUGCUGGUGCUUCAAAUGACAUUCAGAGUUGUAUGGAGUGAGGCAGUGCUCUCUAUUAUCCACAGAUUGUUAGACUCCAAGCCUGACUUGAGUGAAGAACUGUUCUCACACCUCACUGAAAAGCUCACCAGCCAGGCUCCUCAGUUCACAAAAUCUGUGAUGUUUGCAAAAAUGAUGCUAACAGUCCUCACUAAAUACACCACUCUUGUGACGGCUGCACACAAACAUGCCCUCUCAGGUUGUCUGACGCUCAAUGAGACCUUUCUCAAAAAAUCACUUCAGGCUGCUUUAAAAAGAAUCACACUUCCAUAGUCGUCUCAGCUGCAACAUGUUGAAAACAUGAUUUUUUUUUUCUUCAAUUAAUGUAAAAUUGUCUUCUUUUUUUUUUAAGUCAACUGCAGUCUCACACUCUGGACAGAGUCCCGCGAGUCACUGAUUUCACACUGAAAGACACAACAUAUGUCUUCCCUAUGUAUUUACACUAUGAAUGAGUCCACCCCCUCCAGUUUGUUAACAGAACAACUCAAAAGCAGUAAAUGCUUUCAUCUUGAAAAUCAGUCAUUUAAAAGAACAUAUGAGGACAAACCCUUUCAUAUCUGGUGUUAUGUCAAUCUUCUGCUGAGUCUUCUGUCUUGAAAAAUGACUAUAGCAGAUGUUGACACCACUGAGUCUGGUCUGCUUGAGAUUUCUUUCUGUAAAAGAACAAACAAUUAGGUGGGCUUUCCUUACUGUGUGUGUCACGGGAUUGAAAAUGUUAAAAACAUCCGCAUGUAUGGUGCUUUGAGGUGACUUAUGCAAUGUAAUAUGAUUUGGGCUAUAUGUGUAAAUCUUACUUAUUUAUUUUGUUUUUACAUCAUUGCAAUGUGUCAAAGAUGUAACCAUAACCAUAAAUAUAUAUAUACAAAAUGUUGUAAAAUGCAUGGAACAAUUCAGAUCGCAUUGUUUAAUAAAACUAA